AAACGGUGGGAAGAACCAAAAAAAUCCCAAUGUGUAUUGUAAAUAUAUACGCAGCUUAGAGAAAUCGAUACGACUGCAAUAAUAGGAAAAAGAUCCAUUAUCGCGCUUCUAUUAUCGUUUUUUAUGCCUUAUCAUUCUCUCAUUAAGCGCGAUCGUGCCUUUCGCGCGAACAUCCAGCAUCGCUCUGGCAGUGCACGGUCGCAAAAAUAAAAUCCAUAUAGACAUGUCACCCUCCGACAAGCCUGACCCCCGCACGUUGCACUCGGCCGACCAAAACGCCGCGGCGCAGGAUGCGCAUAAUGGCAAUAAUAAUAACGGCAAACAAUAAUGGCCUCGUGGGCCAGAAGUCGUUCUUCCUGUUCAGACGGCAGGCGAACCCCGGCGCGAACGAGCCGCCGGCACGCUACCUUGAGGGCCCCUUCAAACGAGAGGGUUCCGCCCCACUACGGGGGCCCCGUGGAGGGCCCGCUGCAGGUCGACCGACGUCUGGUUCGCCUGUUCUGUUCUUGCAUUCUCAGUCAGUUGUGAACCGGUGUCACGACCAGGCUGAGUCCGUUUCUCGGUCGCGUCUCUUCUCAUUUCCAUUCGAUCCGAACGCGAAAUAGUUUUCGAGUUUCGCUUUCUCGAUAAAAGACGCUCUCUCUUUGCCGUCUCCUCAACGUUCGUUUCUUUCGCCUCCUUUUUUCGCCGAGCGAACGGAGGUGGACUGCGAAGAGGUUCUACUACGAUAACCCGCACACAAGGCUGGCGUGACACCCACCGUCGUCUGGGCCCACGACACUUUCGUCGGAGAUUUUGCUGCACGGAGUGCUAAAAGCGGAACGAGCGAGUGACGAGAGGUGCAUCUCUCUCUGCGCGACGCGCUUCAAGUUCUAGAAGUGUACAAGUGCUAAAAUGUAGGAGAAACGCUGAAAAUAUCUCAAUAACAUACAGCGAUUGUUCUGUGUCGAAUGGAAUGACAGUUAGACAGAUUUCAUUCUGUGUUAAUUAAACGAGAUUGAUUCGUCAUGGAAUGAGAACCGGCGAAAGUGUUGUGUGAUUUUAAAUCGCGGUCGCGGUCCAUCUGCCAUGAAUAACUACUGAGCCGAUGAAACGAGCGGAAGUGGAAGCGUGAUUGGACGGCCGAGCAGUUCGCCCUGCAGUUCGUAGCGACGAGCAAAGCAUUCGCGAGCGAAGCGUGGGAACAUCUCUGCUCCGGAUAAGCCGACCUACGGUGGAGUUCAGAACGGAGGAAUGCUCACUGCUCUCAAGACUUUGAAUCAUUUGAACGAGGAAGGCGAGGCACUUGCCCUUCAAGAUGACCUCACAACGCACCCCACCCUGGCCUUGAUGCGGCGCAUCCUUGCAGAUGCACAGGCAAAAUUCCGCGUGAUGGUGGAGGAGAACGCAGCGACCGGCGCCCGGCUUGACGGCGAGCUGGAACGCGCCAGGGGCGAGUGCGCGACUCUUCGGGGUGAGUUGCGCGACGUCCGCGGCGCUUUGCCGAUUGUACUGAAUAACAACAACGCCGGCAACAACGGCGGCACCAAUAGCAACAACAAUCCGGGUACGGCGACUGGUGUCACCGGUGGAAAUCCCGGUCAAGAAACCGAGGGCCAGCAGCAGCAACAGGAGGACGGCAAGCGGCUCAGCGCUGGCAACAGCCCGAUCGAGAAGAGAAGCUCGGCAAGCGAUAAAUCCGCUAGUCCCAUCGACAAGAGGACCAGUCCGGUAGACAGGAAGGAUAGAACUAGCCCCAUCGAUCGACGAGCCAGUCCCAUAGAGCGAAGAAAUGGCUCGCCCUGCCGUAGCCCAAGCGAAAAGGCCCGUCGACCGUACGCCCCCGCUCUGGAGAAGACGCGGCUGGGUGGAUCCGGGGGCAGUGUGGAUUCCCGAUCGGGUAGCGCGAGCCCGGAUCGGGGCUCAGCUAACCGAGGGGCUGGUUUCCUGCAUCGCGGCGGCAGCGACCGUUCCAGCGUGGAGCGGCUCCGGAUAUCGACUAACCGGGACUCCCUGCGAUCUAGCAAGGAGAUGAACGACCACGACCAAAAGGAUGCCGAUAAAGAUCUCGUGGACGGCGACGCGCGUGGCGACGAGGACAAUGAACCGCCCGGACCGGCACCGAGUAGCAGACCGUCGUCCCCGGCUAAUUCCCUCGGAAUUGGUGAUCCGGUGGUGGCGUCCAGACUUUCCAAUAUUCACGGCGGUGGGCACACAGAAUUGGCCAGCGCCAGAAGAUUGCGACUGGAGAACGAACGGCUGGUGGCCGAGGUCGCGAGGUUGAGGAGGCUGUUGCUAAGCGGCGCGGCGCGCGGCGAGGUCGGCGCCGAGGACGCCGCGAUGGAGGAGGAGGCCCGCUUCGUCGCCCUGGAAAUGGAACUGCAGCACGCGAAGGAAGCGCUGCAGGCGUUGAAGGCCGACCGGAAGCGUCUCAAAGCGGAGAAGUUCGAUCUACUUAAUCAGAUGAAGGCGCUCUAUGGCACCCUCGAGGACAAGGAGCGCGAACUUCGCGAUUUUAUACGAAAUUACGAACAGCGGAUGCGGGAGAACGAGGCGACCCUGGGACGUCUUCAGCAGCAAGGAGCCGGCAUACCGUCGGAGGAACGCGAACGGGAGAGGGAGAGGGAACGCUGGAGUCUUUUAAGGGCGGCGAGGGACGAGGCCGAUCGAAGCCUGAGCCUCGCGGCUAGUUUGGCCGACAAAGAGGCCGCCCUCUCGCACGCACACGCCACCAUAAAAGAGCUGCAACGUCAGCUGGCGGAACGUGGCGGCGGCGGCGGCGGCGGGAUCUGUCUGAGCGAUCAGGAGUCCUUGGUGUCAUUUCCGCGUGGCAGCGUAAACGGCGCCGCGACUCCCGGUGCCGGAAGUAGCAGCGGCGGAGGCGGCGGCGGCGGUAGCGGAGGCUGCGGCAUCAUUCCCCAUGUGAAUUCGCAGCCGCCGUUGGGCAUCACCGAACUCGGCGUGUCCGUGGGUAACGCGGGCGUCGGCGCGGGUCCCGGAGGAUCCUCCGGCGGCCAGGCCGGCGAUCGCGGCAGCUGCAGCGCUGACAGCGGGGUCCGCGGGUCCAGCGAUCGCGAGAGCGGCGGCGCGACCAGCGUCGGCGGCAAUCUCUCGGACUCCACGACGGACGGCACGCCGACAAUUACGGUCGAGGGCAGCGGUCUCGACAUGGACAGCAUCUCCGUGGUAUCCUCCGUAGCACCACCCCAUAUAUACCAAUCCGCGACCACGCCGAAGGAUUGCAGCCCCACAUUGUCGCCGCUGAACGCAUUCUCAAGGUCCAUGGACAAUUCUUCGCUAUCGCGAUCGGUCGAGCAGCUAUCCAGUCCGCUGGAAUCCGAGCCGAGGAGGAACAAGCAGCCGCCACCUGUCGUCGCACCUGCCGCGCAUUCGAGAUCGUCCGCCACUCGCGGCGGCACAUGGGGAUCCAUUUCAAGAGUGUUCGCCCGCUCGCGGCAUCGGAAGACGGCAAACAGCACCAAUGCUGGAAGCGGAGGCAACGAGGCUGCGGACGGCUUUGAUCCAUAUCGAUCGUGGUCACCGCUCACCGAGGAGGGUUACGCCGAAAAACUUCGUUUGCUCCGUGAGGCGGCCUCCGUGCCCAUGGAACGAUGGCGAGCCCCGACCGUUUUAGCCUGGUUAGAGGUGGCUCUCGGGAUGCCGCAGUACGGACCACGAUGCGCCGAGAAUGUGAAAUCGGGCAAGGUUCUACUUGAAUUAAGCGAUGCCGAAUUAGAGGCUGGUUUAGGCGUGACGCAUCCGCUUCAUCGGAAAAAACUGCGCCUGGCCAUCGAGGAACAUCGGCAUCCGAGCCAUGUUCGGUAUCCCUGCAUCGCCCAGCUCGGUCAUACUUGGGUCAGCUCCGAGUGGCUGCCGGAUCUCGGUCUGGCCCAGUACUCGGAGAGUUUUGCCACCAAUAUGGUGGAUGCGCGUAUGCUGGACCAUCUGAGCAAGAAGGAGCUCGAGAAGCUGCUCGGCGUCACGAGGAAGUUUCAUCAGGCGAGCAUCGUUCACGGUAUUCAUCUGCUGCGUAUGCUGAAUUACGAUCGACAGGCGCUCGCUGUCAGAAGACAUCAAUGCGAGCAGGUUGACACGGAUCCUUUGGUCUGGACGAAUCAAAGGUUCAUUCGAUGGGCGAGGAAUAUCGAUCUCACGGAAUACGCCGAGAAUUUGAAAGACUCGGGUGUACACGGUGCUCUGGUUGUAUUGGAGCCGUCGUUCACCGGCGACACCAUGGCUACCGCGUUGGGCAUACCGCCGGCCAAGCACAUGAUUAGACGGCACCUAACCGCCGAAUUGGAAGCGCUCGUUCUGCCAGCAAGAAGUCAGCUGGAGGUGGUCCCGAGGAACAGCACCGGCGGUGGCGGCCGUCCGAUGAGCACCGCGAGCGCGGGCGGUAGUCUUGGUCGCGGCAGCAGGGCCCUUCAUCUACAGCAUCAUCAGAGCUCGUUGUCGGCCCUCCACAUGACGGCGAAUCACACCGGCACCGUCGACAGACGCAGAUCCAGCCUCAGGACCUGCAGUCUUCUUUACUUGAAAAAGUUGUCGUGGAGGAGCUCACAGGGAUCCCUGAGCAGAGCGUUCGGUCUCCGGCCUAGAAGCGAGAAGGCGUCACCAUCAUCGUCCUCGGACACCGGCAGCCUCGCCAGUCAGUAUAUGAGCAGCAGCAUCCGCAGCACCUCGCCGCCGCCGCCGCAGCUUCCGCCGCGCCCGAUGACGACCGGCGGUGGCAAGCGGCACCGUCGCGUCAAGAGUAUCGGCGACAUCGAGUACAUAAGCACGGCUGCGGUGAGCACCCCGGUCUGACAGGAGGGUAGGCCCCAUUACGCGGGGCCUUACCGCAGCUUGAGCGAACGCGGUUACUCAUCCUCCUCGUCACAAUACUCGGGCUCGUACUCGGGCUACAGUAACGUCGUGGCCGGUGGCGAGCAGCAGCCGUAUCAGCAGUAUCAGCAGCAGUCAGGCGGCAAUUAUUAUCAUCAGUUACAGGGUGGCUAUUACUCGCCGCAGAGUUCUGGGCCGCCCUUCCCGGGGGUGCAGAGAUACGGAAGUCUGGCGGAGGAGGCAUGGUCGUCGUGCUCCGCCAAGGGAGACGCGGGUGUCUCGAAAGCCAAUCCGAGGACUUACUUGGCUUAGCUAGUCGUCGCGAUGUUCAAAUCUCGUUGAAUAAACGGAUGUGACACGAUCGGCACAUCUGGUGAAGUUAUACAUGAAAAUGAGUGCAUAUUUUGAGGAUUUAAAUCUUUUGUCUUUUACCUCUUUCGUUAAAGAUAAUUCCAUAUGAAUAGCUGAUGGCGAAAAAAGCAGUAAAGUAAUCACAUUUUAUCGGAAUUAAAUGCUUAAUGAAUCUCACUAUAUCAGAUGCAGGCUGUAUAUGACUCAAAGAGAUGAUUAUCGACAAGCUAUUGAAAAUGUAUUGUUAAAUGUAAGAUUAUGAUAUUUCAUGUUUCGGAGAUAAGAAUGCUUCGUCGAGAUGACCUGAUCGAAUUUACAAUCAAUUUAAUAAAAGGAUCAGUGCUUGAUCCUGAUACCUUCGGCUAAUUAUUAUUGUUAUAAUGAACCGAAAUAAUUAAAUAAUCUUGUUAUGUGACGCAACAACUAAUAGACAAUACGUUAACUAGAUAAUGUAUUGAAACAAAAGGGCGAGCAAUUUCGGACAUUUUACGAGAUAUGAUUAUAUAUGGGAUGAUAUUCUAAUGGAUGAGUAAAUUAAUCGCAGUUAUCUCAGAGUUAUUCACGAUUACAGAAUAAUUAUAUAUCGUACAAAUACCAGGCAGCAUAUCGUGGUGUUAAGAGGCAUAAAGGAGAUCUGACCAAAUUUUAUUAACACAUCGAGACAUUUAUUGAUACACACCGACGUCUAUGCUGAUGAUAUAUAACUGACAAGGAAAUAAAUAGAAUAAAGAAUAUACAUAUAAUUAUAUAUGGCCGUAGAUAGGAUUAAAAAAUAAGCGAAUCGGCAAUUUAAUUUCUUGAAACUAUACUGCGAUACAAUAUCUCGCAAACGUUUCGUCGGAGCAAUUUUUUUAUUUUUAUCAUCGCGAAUGACAAACCCUCUAUACACCGAUAUUUAAUUUAGAUUUGUAAAUUUAUUCUUAUGUGUAAGCUAACGCAAAAAUUGUCGAAGAAUAUUUUUGCUUACGAAUCGAUCUUUAUGAACGAACGAAUAAUUUUAGAAGUUUUAACAUGGCUGAAAAUGAUGCCAAUGACACAAAGUAAUAUCUUUUUUGUAUUCCUAUGCAUAUAUAUGGUAUACGUUUACGUGUACGUUUAUACUUUACUUUCUAUGGAUAUCUACAUGAGUUUCCUACGACCAUUUAAACUGGAAAUUUUAUCAAAUAAGCUGGAAGCGACACAUUCACUUACAUCAUACUAAAUACUCGUGUUAGAAACUAGGAAGAACAUAAAAUCGCAUUUUACGAAGACAUCUAAGUCUUCCAUCAUAAUCCGCGGCUUGAUAAGAUCAAAUACAUUCCAUUCUUCAUUAUCCAUAUAAUGAAAAGAAGAAUCGGAAAAUUCAAUUAAUGUUGCAAAAAAUUUUUUUUUUAUUACACAAGAAUAUUUCAAAUUCUAUGUGAAAAAAGACUUAUCGAUUUAUAUCAAUAUUAAAGUUGAUAAAAACUUACACUUCAUGGAUUAUUUUAUUGUUGAUAAUAUAAUUGUAAGAGAAAUUAUUUAGAAUUUGGCUCCUCAUAAUUAUAUAUCAAGAAUAAAAUGUUUCGUGAAGCGUGUAAGCUUCUGUCAACUUUUAUCGACUUAUUUUUUAAAAGAAACGGAUAAUUUUUGAUUGUAUAUUUAUGAUAUAAUUAUUGCGCGACUAUCGCGACGGGUGCGCAUCGAUAGAAGAAAAACAUAAAGGAAAGUCAUAUGCGAUGCGAUUUAAUUAAUCUAACGAUAAGUGCCAGAAAAAGAUAUCGAGAGUGUGUUGUAAUAUGGCGUAUUGUCAAAAUGUACGCUUGGCCCAUGUGUUAUAUCAUUAUAUUAAUACGCAUAAUUUUCCUCCCAUUUUCUACCCUUCCCCUCCAGUGUUCGUAAAAAUCGCAAGAGAGAUAUUUUGCAGAUAAUACGCAUAUUUAUCGUGAUAUUUAUUCGUAGAUUAUAAUUAUUUUCUAAUAAUACUUGUACGCUCGACCCGCGUUUGGUCGUCAGAUUAUUUGAUUCUACUGUCAAUCACACUGACGGAGAGAAUGAUCAGGACCAUAUGAUAUAUUUUAUAUUGCCGGACUAGUAUUGUAUUAUCGUCGUUUCGCGAGGUAGAAACGGUAAAUUAAUACGCUAAUUAUCUCGUGACAUUCUCGUGUGUGUAUCUAAGUAAAAUUUAUGUAUAUAUAAAUUAAUUUAUUUGUAUACACAAUAUUAUACAUGCGGGACGCAACCAAUACCUCGUGACACACUUCGAGCGUUCGCUUAUAUUAUAGGUAUAUUGGUUGCAAAUCACGCGCGCGACCACAUAUUUCAAUGCAAACCGUUGUAAAUGUGCUCAGUAACGUCUGUAUAUAUUUGUGUGAACUGUAUCUAAACAUUUGGGAAAACGAUUAAAUAAAUCAUUGCCUUUA